GUGUCAGUGUCUCCCAAGGAGCCUCAGCGGCGAGGAGGCAGCAGCAGUAGCGGGGUGCAGGGGGCGGCGGACGGACGGGUUUUUGUAACAAGAAGCAGCAACCUUUUCAUCGGGUGGAAGACGAAACAGUGGAAAAGAACUGUGUACCAUGUGUUAAUAUAUUGAAGAGUGAGAAUUCUUGGAUUUAGUGUGUUUUUGGAUUGUAAAAAGGGAAAGAAAAGGAGAGAGUGAAAAUGGGGAGGAAGAAAAUACAAAUCACAAGAAUAAUGGACGAACGGAACAGACAGGUGACCUUUACGAAGAGGAAAUUUGGAUUAAUGAAGAAGGCAUACGAACUUAGUGUGCUCUGUGACUGUGAAAUAGCACUCAUCAUUUUUAACAGCUCUAACAAACUCUUUCAGUAUGCCAGCACUGAUAUGGACAAAGUUCUACUCAAAUACACAGAAUACAAUGAACCCCAUGAGAGCAGAACCAACUCGGAUAUCGUUGAGACUUUAAGAAAAAAAGGCCUUAAUGGUUGUGAGAGCCCUGAUGCUGACGAUUACUUUGAGCACAGUCCACUAUCGGAGGACAGAUACAGCAAACUAAAUGAAGAUAGUGAUUUUAUUUUCAAGCGAGGCCCUGCUCUGAACAAGAAGGAACACAGAGGGUGUGACAGCCCGGACCCUGACACUUCAUAUGUGCUCACGCCACAUACAGAAGAAAAAUAUAAAAAAAUUAAUGAAGAGUUUGAUAAUAUGAUGCGGAAUCAUAAAGUCGCACCUGGCUUGCCUCCCCAGAACUUUUCAAUGUCUGUUACGGUUCCAGUGUCCAAUCCCAAUACUUUAACCUACAGUAACCCAGGGAGUUCCCUUGUAUCCCCAUCACUGGCAGCCAGUUCAUCAUUAACAGACACGACCAUGCUCUCCCCACCUCAGGCCACAUUACAUCGAAAUGUAUCACCCGGAGCCCCUCAGAGACCGCCAAGUACUGGCAAUGCAGGUGGUAUUUUGGGUACGGCAGAUCUCACAGUGCCAAAUGGAGCUGGUACCAGUCCAGUGGGAAAUGGAUUUAUUAACUCUCGAGCUUCACCAAGCCUGCUAGGAACCACUGGUGGUGGGAAUGGAUUAGGCAAAGUUAUGCCUACGAAGUCUCCGCCUCCACCCGGAGGAAGUAAUCUUGGAAUGAACAAUCGCAAACCAGACCUUCGUGUUGUCAUCCCACCUUCCAGCAAGGGCAUGAUGCCUCCAUUGAAUACCCAAAGGAUAAGCAGUUCUCAGUCUACCCAGGCUCUUGCUACCCCUGUGGUGUCUGUGACAACUCCAAGCUUGCCUCCUCAGGGACUGGUGUAUUCAGCCAUGCCUACCGCCUACAACACUGAUUACUCCUUGACUAGUGCAGACCUGUCUGCCCUGCAGGGCUUUAACUCCCCAGGAAUGCUGUCUUUAGGACAGGUAUCUGCCUGGCAACAGCACCAUCUAGGGCAAGCAGCCCUUAGCUCUCUUGUUGCUGGAGGCCAGUUAUCUCAGGGUUCAAAUUUAUCCAUUAAUACCAACCAAAACAUCAACAUAAAGUCCGAACCAAUUUCACCUCCACGGGACCGUGUGACUCCAUCUGGGUUCCCUCCGCAGCAGCAGCAGCAGCAGCAAUCACGGCAGGAAAUGGGUCGUUCCCCUGUUGACAGUCUCAGUAGUUCCAGCAGUUCUUAUGAUGGCAGUGAUCGGGAGGACCCAAGAAGUGAUUUCCAUUCACCUGUUGGGUUGGGAAGACCACCAAAUACAGAAGAUAGAGAGAGCCCAUCAGUGAAACGAAUGAGGGUGGACACAUGGGCAACAUAAACUUUCAGCAUUGCCACUUCUAUUUUGUGUUAUCACAGUGAACUGUCCUGACAUAUCUAAAUAUAUAAAGAAGGACAUGAAAUAAAUAUAUUUAUAUGUAUAUACAUACAUGCAUAUAUAUAUAUCUUCACAUGUGUAUAUAUAUGUGCGAGUGUAUGUAGCAUACACAAAAUCAUCAGGCACUUACUACAAACUCCUUGUAUAGCUGCAGAUGUCCCAUGGUAAAAAUAUAACAAAACAAUCCUAUAGGUAUUGGUCUAGUCUGGCACUUACCCGGACAUGCUGUUUUAAUAAUAUAACCUGUUCUGCAAAGAAACAUUGUACCCACCUAUAAUCCUGCCACACUAGAUUGCAGAAACCAAGAGGGCUCCCCUGUAGUAAUGUCCCCAUGUGUUUUAUUAAAGCCGUAUGGUUACUUGUAGUUAAGAAACAAUGCUUUAUAGCAGCAGAGCAGUAGAAAAGCAGGAAAAAGAAAGCAAUACUGUACAUAAAAUGUCCUUUAUAUUACCCAACCUGGCAUGGGUCUCUGUUGCAGAGAGUGCAUGGCGAAGGGCUGAAGGUAUAAAAACCUGUUUUGCACGUGCAAAAAAAAUGUAUUGGGUCAAAGAAGUGGUUCUUAAUUAAAAAAAAAAAGUGUGAGAGAGAGAAGACAUAGAGAACUCGCAUGAAAUAUUCAGAAAAUAGCCUAGAAAAUAGAGCAUUAACAAAAUAAAAUUAAUAUAUUAAGUUAUAAUUGGAAUAUGUUUGAAAAGUUUCUUUUUACGUUCUAUCUUUGAAAAAUAUAGAAAGAAACGGAUUAGCUCAUGUAUAUUUUAUAUUAAAGAAAACAAUACCCUUAUGAAUUGAAGACUAUAUAUAAAAGUUAUAUACAGUACUUUUGGACACAUUCUGCUAUGAAUUAUUUAUAUAAGCCAAAGCUGUAUGAUGUAGCUUUUUGUAGAGUAUAGUUUUAUCUUGUUAUUUUGACUUUCUAGUUUUUUGCUUUCAGAAGAGGGAAAAAAAAAACUUGCAGGCAGAACGUUGGGGGAAAAAUAAGCCAUGAACACUUAUUAUUCUAUAUGUAAAUUAAAAUUUGAGCCAAACUCUUUGUGUAUAUAGCAUCUUAAAUAUACCACCUUUGGUGUAAGUACCUAUGUAUUGUACGUUCACCAGAUUAAAAAGUAUAUUUUUGUGGAUUGACGCCAACUUGAAAAAAGGCGAGGUCCUUAUUAAGUAGAGUAUUCACUGUUUAAUAUUUACUAUUUUGUUAAAUAUACUGUACUUUCUUUGGAUUUUAAUUAUUAUUAAUAUUAUUAUCCAGAUUUUUCAGAGGAUGUAUAAAGGGGUUGUCCCCUUCACUGGUGGUGAAUGUGUGCCGUUAAAAUGUAAUCUCUGUGCUGUAUGGUUAAGCUUCAUUAUACAUUUUAUAUAUAUGUAUAUAAAUAGCAA